AUGUACCAAGUACUAGCGUGCGGGUCGAAUGGAAGCUACCAGUUAGCCCAGAACAAUGAUGAGGACCAACGGAAACUCAAUCCGUGUUUGUUCCGCCAUGAAGGAGAAGAGCCGACAUUUACAAACACAAUUGAGUACAGGCCAAUAAAAGUUGCAUGUGGAGGCAAUCAUACAUUAAUCCUAUUGGAAAAUGGAGUGGUAUACAGUUGCGGAGAUAACGAAUUUGGACAGACAGGACGUCCGGAUGGAAUCUUGGCGGUGCCUGUGUUCACAAGAAUCACACCGGUGCAGAAUAAAAUCAUCGAUAUUUCUUGUGGAUGGGAUUACUCAUUUCUCCUAACGGAGCAAAACGAAUUGUAUGCAUGUGGGCAAGGGUUGAAAGGUGAAUUGGGUCUCGGCAACGAUGUCUCUGUAGCUAGUAGCCCCAAACUUGUGAUUCGAUUCGAUGCAAAAGUUUGCAAAAUACGAACAGUUGUCAAUCACACAAUUGUGCAAACGGAUGAGGGUAAACUAUACGGAUGGGGGAAUUGCAGAAAGGGCCAACUAGGUACCGUCAAUAAAGAAUUGGUGAAGAGAGGUGCAGUUUGGCAACCCAUUGAGCUAGAUUUUGGCAUACCUCAUGUGGAUACAUUUGAGUUGGGUCGCGAAUUCACCAUUAUACUGACAUCUGAUACUUUCCAUAUAUUUGGAAAGUCAACUAUUGAUAUAUAUAAGCUACGAGACCAGGUGGAUAGUGGUGAAUGGAUGGACACUAUGUGGUCGUCUGUACAUUUCAAAACCCACAACACAAUCAAAUCCUUUGGCACAAAUACUCAUGGUCAAUUGUACAACUACGACUCCAUUGGAGAGGACUUUGAGUUUGUGGUUGGAAGUGAACAUGGUCUUUUAAAGCGGGGAAGUAUAGUGUAUGCAUGGGGUUGGGGAGAACAUGGCAAUUGUGGAGAAAUGAAUCGUUGCAAAUCAGAGAUAAGAGAUGAUUCUUGUGAAAUGGAGCUGAAGGAUGAUGAUAUCACUUUUGACUACUUGAAUGUGCUAUACGAUGGACCCGAUAAAGUCGUUAUGAUCGCUGGUGGAUGUGCCACCAGUUGGAUAGUGAUUGAAAAGUAG